CGGCCCGGCGACUUCGUAAAUGAAACCACGAGAGCCUUUAGGCUUACAAAAAGUAGACGUUACAAACUGUAACGGCUACUUCUAAUUCAAAUUCGGUAACCAUUGCUUAGUUCUUUCCAUUCAUAGAACACUUCUCAUUUUUGGCUCCUCCGAGAAUUUCUCUGUUGUCAUUCACAUCUUUCUCUAUUAAGAAAAAGGGGCCUGUUAACAAUCUUGAAUCUUUCUCUUUAUUCUUCUUGAAUUCACUCAAAUUCUCGAGUUUCUGUUGAAUUGGAGAAGAAAAAAUAGGGGGAAGAUUCUGGGUUCUUUAGUUUCAUCAGUCUGAUCCAUGGCUCCUACGCCUUCAUCAAAGUGUAAUCUUUCUACACCAUCAGCAAAAUCAAGUGCAGCCCACAACCACCAAUCCAAGACCCCUCAGUCAAAGCACCGCCUGAACUUCCCCAAAGAAAACGCCGGUGCCGCCGCGGCGCCAUCCGAGCACCCCGUGGAAGUUAUAGGCAGAAUCCGAGACCACCCGGAGCAGAAGAACAAGCCCAGUGGGAACCCCUCAGCUCUACAAAUCAAUGGCGACGGCAGAUCCCUGAGAGUGAAAACGGAUAUCGGGUACAGGGAUUUUAGUCUUGAUGGAGUUUCACUGUCGGAAGAGGAUGAUCUUGAAGGGUUUUACAAGAAAUUUGUUGAGUCUAGGAUAAAUGGGGUGAAGCUGGGCCAAAAAUGUACGAUUAUGAUGUACGGUCCAACGGGUUCGGGCAAGAGUCAUACCAUGUUUGGGUGCUCGAAGCAGCCCGGGAUUGUGUACAAUUCGUUGAAGGGUAUAUUGGGUGAAGGGGUGGAAGAAGAUGGAGAGAAGUUGGGUUUCGGGACAUUUGUUCAGGUUACUGUUUUGGAAAUUUAUAACGAAGAAAUUUAUGAUCUUCUUUCAUCAGCCAAUAAUGGGGGAGGGUUUAGUCUUGGAUGGGCCAAAGGUGGCUCUGGUUCCAAGGUGAGACUGGAGGUGAUGGGAAAGAAGGCGAAAAAUGCAACCUUUAUUUCAGGAAAUGAGGCUGGAAAGAUACUGAAAGAGAUACAGAAAGUGGAAAGGAGAAGAAUAGUUAAAAGUACACUUUGCAAUGAAAGAAGCUCUAGAAGCCAUUGCAUGAUAAUUGUUGAUGUUCCCACUGUUGGAGGACGGCUUAUGCUUGUAGACAUGGCAGGUUCAGAAAAUAUAGAACAAGCUGGUCAAAAUGGAUUGGAAGCAAAAAUGCAGACAGCAAAGAUUAAUCAAGGUAAUAUAGCAUUGAAGAGAGUGGUUGAAUCUAUCGCGAAUGGUGACUCUCAUGUGCCAUUUAGAGAUAGCAAGUUAACCAUGCUUCUUCAGGAUUCUUUUGAGGAUGAUAAGUCCAAAAUUCUGAUGGUACUAUGUGCGAGCCCAGACCCAAAGGAGUUGCAUAAAACUAUUGCCACUUUAGAGUACGGUGCUAAAGCAAAAUGUAUAGUUCGAGGCCCGCAUACACCAGUUAAGGACAAAGGUGCAGAGGAUUCUUCAUCGGCUGUUCUUUUAGGAUCAAGGAUAGCAGCUCUGGACCAGUUCAUCAGCAAGUUACAAAUUGAGAACAAGCUCAGGGAAAAAGAGCGAGAUGAGGCUCAGAAAGAGGUGAGGAGGAAAGAAGAAGAAGUUUCUUUGCUAAGGGAAAAACUUGCACAGGUAGAAGGAAGAGGAACUGACACUAGCAAGGAGGAGAUUAGUUUGAAAGUAAAUGAGCGGACACAAAUGCUGAGAAGUGAAUUGGAGAGGAAGAUACAAGAAUGUCAGAAAAUGGCCAAUGAAUUUGUUGAAAUGGAAAGGCGGAAGAUGGAAGAAAGGAUGUUUCAACAGCAACAAGAGGUUGAAAUGCUCCGGCAACGAUUGGAGGAUAUUGAGUCUGAACUUCAUUUGUCGAGGGCUGGGAGUGCAUCAGUAGACACAGAAGGUGGCGCCUUCAUGAAAAGACUGUUGGAGGCAUGUUCUGAGGAUUCAGAUAUGGUUAAGUCCAUGGAUUUGGACAGAUCCAUUGACAUGGAGACAAAUGUGUUUCGUAAAGCAGAAACCAAUGGGACUACUGCCGUUCCAGGCCUCACCUACACGAACAAUUUCAGUGAAGGGAUAUGUAGUUUUCCCAAUAAGGCAUUCUUGACCACUGUGUAUGAGGAAGAAGAGUGCGAAAAUGAGGAUGAAGAUAAGGACAAUCUCUUUGAUGAAGAAGUGCAGAAGGAGGUAAUCGAGGAGAAAAAGAUGAUAGUUACACCCGAAGUUUCAAGUCAAAAUCCCGAGCUCAAACGAUGCAGAUUGUCUAAUGAAAAUCCUGAGGAUGCAGCCUUUUCUCGUCAACUAAGGAUUCAAAAUAUUUUCACUCUUUGUGGAAAUUACAGAGAACUUUCUCAGCACAAUAGCACUCCUAUGCCUGCCAAAAAGAGAUUAGAUAAGAUUGAUUCCAUUUCUGAUCCGUCAACGAUCAAUUCAGAUGAUUCUGCUUCAAGAAUGCUGAACGAAACCUCCCAACUUCAUAAGAGUCUCUCCAAAGACAUUUUGGUUUCAGAUAUUAAAAUAGAUCAGAACCUCAGAGAACAGGAGGUUGGAAAGUUAAGGGGCUCUUCUGAGAUUGCAAAGAAUAUGAAAGAGAAUCACAACCCGAUAGAUGAAAGCUCCAAUGAUAUUGAAGUAUAUGUGAAAUGGGAGGCAUCAAAGGAAAAUCCUGGAAAGUUUAUCACUGCAUUGAAGGUUUUGAAAGACUCCACUCUUGCUGACUUGCGGAAGUUGAUAGAAAUCCAUCUUGGCGGCGACCAGCAAGCCUUCACAUUUCUCGUUCUUGGGGAUCCUUCGGGUGCUCCAGUGCCAAAGGAGAAGGAGACUAAAACACAGACAAGCAAGCUCCCAAUUUGCAACAACCAACUAUGUGGUCGUUUAGCCUGUUUGAGUCCAGUAGAGGCGAUUCAGCAACCUAAUUAUCAACCGUUUAGUCCUCUGGAAAAUAAGCUGCCUACCACUCCAAACUCACAUUUCACGAAGAAAGGUGAUGACCGCUUUUCACCUGAGAUUGCUCCUCACUUGAGCUCUACACCUUUUAUCACUGUCAGAAGAUACUAGGAAGUUGAAUGUCAGUAGAAUUGGUAUAUGCUGUAAUGACAUAUGUUGUAAGCCUAGUACUUGAAUUAACUGCAUAACUGAGUAUGUUUGCAGUUAUGUACUCCUGGUGCAUUAUUUAAGCAUUCACUUGUGGCUA